AUGAAAGUAAAAGAGGUGAAAGGGGAGGAUGUGGUGUGUCUCAUAAAGAAUUCCGCCACCUUGGAUCAGUCAUUGUACACAUUACAUGUCUCUCAAAUUCCCAUUGAUCUGCCCACCCUCACGGAUAAAGAUAAGGAGUCAUUGUACACAUUACAUGUCUCUCAAAUUCCCAUUGAUCUGCCAACCCUCACGGAUAAAGAUAAGGAGGUUAUAAGCACUUGGGGUGUUCAAAACAAUGUGGACUUCCUUUCACUGUCAUCUACCAGAAGUGCAGAAGAUGUUCGGCGUGUAAGGAUGGUUAUAAGCACUUGGGGUGUUCAAAACAAUGUAGACUUCCUUUCACUGUCAUCUACCAGAAGUGCAGUAGAUGUUCGGCGUGUAAGGAUGGCUCGCGAAUAUCUUUCUGAAUUGGGUAACCUCAAUGAAACUCAAAUUUUUGCAAAGAUUGAAAAUGUAGAGGGAUUAAAACAUUUCGACGAGAUACUACAAGAAGCAGAUGGUAUUAUCCUCGCUCGUGGAAAUCUAGGGAUAGAUCUCCCAGCAGAGAAGGUCAGCUUUCAUCACUAUGUCAUUUUGCCGCCAAAUCCACCCAUCCCAUCCCUCUGUCCACCCACUCAAACAUACACAAAAAGAGAAGGGAAGGAUCGACCAGAAAAGGAAAAUAAAAGAAAGAAAAGUUCUAAUUCAUUUAAUACUGCACACUUGUUUUGUUAG